GGAGAGGGAGAGGGAGAGCGAGAGCGCCGGGGGAAGAAGGGCUUCUCUCAGUCAGCGGCUCAGCUCGCUCUACCGCCAGUUGGUGCUAAGGCAAUUGAAGUGGCGGCUUGCAAGCGGAGCGGAGCCAGCCCUGCGCGCUGAGGGGCCGCCCGAGGGGCAGCCGCCAAGCCAGGGAGAGGAAGGGAGCAGGGAACUCCAAAUCUAUGGUUGGAACUGGGCUUCUUUUUUCGCCAAUGCAAAAAGGAAUAUGCAGUGCAUUUUCGCCUUCUUUUGCACCGGUUUUCUAGGGGCGGUAGUAGGUGCCAAUUUCCCCAACAACAUUCAGAUCGGGGGAUUAUUUCCAAAUCAACAAUCCCAGGAACAUGCAGCUUUUAGAUUCGCAUUGUCGCAACUCACAGAGCCCCCGAAACUGCUCCCCCAGAUUGAUAUAGUGAACAUCAGCGACAGCUUUGAAAUGACGUAUAGAUUCUGCUCCCAAUUCUCCAAGGGUGUCUACGCCAUCUUUGGAUUUUACGAGAGGAAGACGGUCAACAUGCUCACCUCCUUCUGUGGGGCCCUCCACGUCUGCUUCAUCACGCCCAGCUUCCCUGUUGAUACAUCCAAUCAGUUUGUUCUCCAGCUGCGCCCUGAGCUGCAGGAUGCCCUCAUCAGCAUCAUUGACCACUAUGACUGGCAGAAAUUUGUGUAUAUUUAUGAUGCCGAUCGGGGGUUGUCAGUCCUACAGAAAGUCCUAGACACCGCUGCCGAGAAGAACUGGCAAGUGACAGCUGUCAACAUCUUAACAACAACAGAGGAGGGCUAUCGGAUGCUUUUUCAAGACCUAGGGAAGAAGAAGGACCGGCUGGUGGUAGUGGACUGUGAAUCAGAGCGCCUCAAUGCCAUCCUGGGCCAGAUCAUAAAAAUGGAAAAGAAUGGAAUUGGCUACCACUACAUCCUGGCAAACCUGGGUUUCAUGGACAUGGAUCUGGCUAAGUUCAAGGAGAGUGGUGCCAACGUGACUGGUUUCCAGUUGGUAAAUUACACCGACACCAUCCCCGCCAAGAUAUUACAACAGUGGAAAAACAAUGAUGUCCGUGAUCAUACCCGUGUUGACUGGAAGAAGCCGAAAUAUACCUCGGCACUGACAUAUGAUGGUGUUAGGGUGAUGGCGGAGGCCUUCCAGAGCUUGAGGAAGCAGCGUAUUGAUAUCUCCCGCAGGGGAAAUGCUGGGGACUGCUUGGCCAAUCCAGCUGUGCCCUGGGGCCAAGGGAUUGACAUCCAGAGGGCUCUACAGCAGGUACGGUUUGAAGGCUUGACCGGAAACGUACAAUUUAAUGAGAAAGGACGACGCACCAACUACACCCUCCACGUGAUAGAAAUGAAGCACGAUGGCAUUCGGAAGAUUGGUUACUGGAAUGAAGAUGACAAGUUUGUCCCUGCAGCCACUGAUGCCCAGGCUGGUGGUGAUAACUCUAGCGUCCAGAACAGAACAUAUAUUGUCACAACCAUCCUAGAAGACCCUUAUGUGAUGCUAAAAAAGAAUGCCAACCAGUUUGAGGGCAAUGACCGCUAUGAGGGCUACUGUGUGGAGCUAGCAGCUGAGAUUGCCAAACACGUAGGUUACUCUUAUCGUCUGGAGAUAGUCAGCGAUGGAAAAUAUGGUGCCCGAGACCCUGACACAAAGGCAUGGAAUGGCAUGGUGGGGGAACUGGUCUAUGGGAGAGCAGAUGUGGCUGUGGCCCCCUUGACUAUCACCUUGGUUCGAGAGGAAGUUAUUGACUUUUCUAAGCCUUUCAUGAGUUUGGGUAUCUCCAUCAUGAUCAAGAAACCCCAGAAGUCCAAGCCAGGGGUUUUCUCCUUCCUGGAUCCUCUGGCCUAUGAAAUUUGGAUGUGUAUCGUGUUUGCUUACAUUGGCGUGAGUGUUGUCCUCUUUCUGGUCAGUCGCUUCAGCCCCUAUGAGUGGCACAGUGAAGAAUUUGAGGAAGGACGUGACCCAGCAACCAGUGACCAGUCCAAUGAGUUUGGGAUCUUCAACAGCCUCUGGUUCUCUCUGGGAGCUUUCAUGCAGCAAGGCUGUGACAUUUCACCCAGGUCUCUCUCUGGCCGAAUUGUUGGUGGCGUCUGGUGGUUCUUCACCUUGAUCAUCAUCUCCUCCUACACGGCUAACCUGGCAGCUUUCCUGACCGUAGAGAGGAUGGUAUCUCCUAUUGAAAGUGCUGAAGACCUGGCUAAACAAACUGAGAUUGCUUAUGGGACCCUGGAGGCAGGAUCAACUAAAGAAUUCUUUAGGAGGUCAAAGAUUGCUGUCUUUGAGAAGAUGUGGACAUAUAUGAAGUCAGCUGAGCCCUCAGUUUUCGUGAGAACCACAGAGGAGGGCAUGAUCCGGGUGAGGAAAUCUAAAGGCAAGUACGCCUACCUCCUAGAGUCUACAAUGAAUGAAUACAUUGAACAGCGGAAGCCCUGUGACACGAUGAAGGUGGGAGGUAACUUGGAUUCUAAAGGCUAUGGCAUUGCGACACCCAAGGGGUCAGCUCUGAGAGGUCCCGUAAACCUAGCGGUUUUGAAACUCAGUGAGCAAGGCGUCUUAGACAAGCUGAAAAGCAAAUGGUGGUACGAUAAAGGGGAGUGUGGCAGCAAGGACUACGGAAGUAAGGAUAAAACAAGUGCUCUGAGCCUCAGCAAUGUGGCCGGGGUGUUCUACAUCCUGAUCGGAGGCCUCGGACUGGCCAUGCUGGUUGCCUUAAUCGAGUUUUGCUACAAGUCUCGUAGUGAAUCCAAGCGGAUGAAGGGUUUCUGUUUGAUCCCACAGCAAUCCAUCAAUGAAGCCAUACGGACAGCAACCCUGCCUCGGAAUAGUGGAGCAGGAGGCAGUGGAGAGAACGGCCGUGUUGUCAGCCACGACUUCCCCAAAUCCAUGCAAGCAAUUCCAUGCAUGAGCCACAGCUCGGGGAUGCCCUUGGGAGCCACAGGAUUGUAACAGGAGAUGAUCGAGUCCCCAGGGGAGCAGGGCUGGUCUCCCUAAGCCCCAUCCCAAACCCUUCAGUGCCAAAAAAUAUUGAAAAGCAACCAUCACCAGUCACCAUGACCAUAGCAGGACAAUUCGACGGUCUUUCCUGAGGAACUAAGAAUCCGGUUUCCUUUCUUUUUCCCCUUCCUUUUUUGCUUCUGUUAUCAUUGCUCUCUGAAGGAACCCAGUCUAGAAGAUGAAUAACUGCAUUGUACUGCAAUAAAGCAAAAAAGUAACUGGAUUUAACAGACUCACAAACUCUGAAAAUGGAAUCACUAAUGAGAAGAUUGCACCACUUUUUUUUAACUUGGUCAUUAAUAUGUCUAUGUGCAAUAUUAUUUUUUUCCUUACUAAUCUCCACGGUUUGCGGGUUCAGUUUGCCCUUCUCCUCACCCCCUAACCCUCCUUGUUUCAGGCCUGAUUGGAAUCUGUAUGAUUAAGCCAGAGUUUCCAGCAAGGCAAAGGAAACGUCCAAGCUAACACCAUGGGGGAGGAUUCAGAGUUGCCCUUCAUUCAUUUCAUGGCCUCUAGGCCAUCCGUUGCUUUAGCUGUGGCCCAGGGCUGGGUAUAGAACUGUAUGUAGUUGGGGAGAGUUGUCAGCGUUCUCCCCAAGAAGAAGGACAGAGGUCAUUAAGGCACUGACAGUCUGGAAAUGGUGCAAGGAAAGGAGAAAAAGAAAAAAAGCAAAAACAAAGAUGGGCAAGUAGCACUGUGAGAUGAGGGAUUAUUCCAGAAAGCUUUCCUUUGGGGAGCACAGGGAACAAUGACUUUGAAUUUUUUAGAGCCAGUCAGUCAGACUUAUGUGGGAAGUUAGGUUCUGUACAGGGCCCGGCUCAGCCCUGAAAACUGUACAUGUCUGAGUUCAGAGAACUUCUGGCCAUUGAAGGAGAUGAGUUUGCCAGUAUAAGCUGAGACUUGAGAGUAGUGAAUGAACCAGGUAGGGAGUUUAACAAAAAGUCUUCUCUACCUUACCUGACAGUUGGCUGCAGUCUCCAAAACUGGGAGAACAGUUUCUUCUGCCCUGUACCUCUAACGAGACAGUAAAGUGAUGGGCAGGGAAUUGCAGAAGCUCAUAAGCAAAAGAAAAUCAGGAGUGUUGUGGCUAAUGGAGCCUGGAGCACUGGAGACCAUGAAUCCUUACUAUUCCAGAACAAGGCACAGAGGGGGCAUCCCAUCCAAGUGUCUCGAGCCUAGCACAAGGGACUAAGUGUGAACCUUGGGCUUUAGGACCCAAGUAACUUAUUUUUACUUAGAACUAAAAACAAAACAAAAAAAAUUGUUUGAACAAGUAGCCAGCCUGGCAAGCUAAGUCUUUCUUUUUGUCUCAAUUUCUAAAGGUGUGAUGCCUGAAGCAGAAUCAUUUUUAAUGAAAUUGUGGGGAGAGGGAUUAAAAAGCUGAUUAGAUCUGGGGAUUUUAAGACCCCAGGCCCCCAAUAUCCUGGUCUUGCUAGCCAGAGGGGAACUUUGUAUUUGGGUUAAGUGAGCAAUCCUACCCCUUGGUCUAAGCAGGUGUGCAAGGCCCAGUUUCAUUUUUUUAAGGAAAUAAAUGAGCCUUUGAGACCAUGAGUGGGUUGGAGAGAAAGGAGAUAGGGUCUGAGGAGAUAGUCAGUCUCAGGCAGACAUAAGAGUUCAGUGGGAUGGAGGGCGGAGGGUCUUUUAUAUGAAGCUUCUCCUAGGGCCACCCAACCAUUGUAUCAGUGUAACUGGCUUCCAGCAACCCUACAGCCAUUCUUGUUAAUGCAUGACUCGGUGCCGUAAUGUGUCACAACUUUUUAAUGACAACCCCGCUCUGACCUGUUCUGUAUCAUCGGCUGACCUGGUAUCCACAUAUGACGUCUUCUCCACUAAAGGUUAUCACUGGCAGUCGGCAAGCUAAAGGACACCUGGUGCCUACUGAUGGCACAGCAUGCAUGUCCUCUUGUCUUUGGAGUCUCUCAGUGGAUGCCCCUACAUUUCCAGGUUUCUUCCAUACCCCUCAAGGGACCAUUGUCAGCUGUGAGGAGUGCCCUCUUGAGGUCAAAUCCAAGCGUUGUUUUUCUGUACAGGGUGUCUGGUGUGGGCAUGGCACAUACAAGGACCCAAGAUGGACUUCCAAUAUUCACUGCCGGGAGACUUUCCCUCCAGAUUUUCCCCAGCGCACUGUCCCCACCAACACCACAGGGACCGAUCAGGACAGGAAAUGGGGUUAUGCCGUUUCUGUGGAGUUGGAAAUAACCAUCCCCUUUCCCCACCUCCCUAUCACUGCUCUUCAAAGACAUUUUGCCUUUGGCCAGAACAUCCAACCACCUUCUCUCCACCCACUGAACCAGCCAGAGAGAUGGUCAGACAGGGAGAGACCUCCUGGGCUAGGACCGAAGGCCUGGGAUAACAGGAUCUUGUGACUCAAUCAAAAAAAAAAAAGGGAUGGGACAAAAAAAGCAAGAAAAAUGUUAACUUGUAAUAUGUAUUUUUAUUACACUUUUCUUAAAAAUAGAGAAAUGGGAAAACUCUUAAAGGCAUUGACAUUUUUCUCAGCAGGAAUCUCUAUUUAAUAGUUGUGACUCUCAUUAAAUUUUGCUCUUUGGUACCUGGAGCUUUUAUUUAACAUCUCUAUUUGUUUUAACUCUCUUGACAGGUGUGCAAAAGGAUUCUUGUGUGAUCAGACACUGAAAUAUCUUCUCUUUUCUUGUUUUUCUUUUAAAUGGUCAACUUUUUAGAUCACUUUUUUCUUUUCCUUUCCAUCAUUCGCAUAAAAUGGAAAUAUCACCGAGAAUUAAAUCACUGUGGAUCCAUGAUCUAUCUUUCA